AGACAUUCCUUUCCUUAAACGUAAACCAAGGACUUGCAUUUGUCAAGCGCUUAUUUUUCUGUACCUUUAGAAGUUAUUUUCUCUUCUUCCGAGAAAGAAAUCUUGAAUUUGGAUCUGUAUCAAGAUGUUCUGAAGAACAACAACAAUCCUUUGGGAUAGCCACUGCAACAUCAUGACUGAAGACAAAGAACCUAUUGUCAGAAACUUUAAUUUUGUUUGUGUGAUGGCUUUACUAGUUGGAAGCAAAAUCCAGUUCUCUGAUGAAAGCAAGUUUGCAGUAGACGUAUCAAAAACAGGCCUUACGCAGAUUCCGAAAGAUCUACCACCAAAAACCAGAGUCUUAGAUAUGUCUCAUAACUACAUAUCUGAACUUCAGUUCCCUGACAUCAGCUUCCUGUCAGACCUGGAAGUUUUGAUACUUUCUCAUAAUAAAAUCCAGCAACUUGAUUUUAGUGUUCUCAGGUUCAACCAGGGUUUGGAAUAUUUGGAUUUAUCUCACAAUCAGCUGUGGAAGAUGUCCUGCUAUCCUGUUGUGAGUCUCAAGCAUUUAGACCUCUCAUUCAAUGACUUUGAUACUCUGCCCAUCUGUAGGGAAUUUGGCAACUCCAUGCAGCUGGAUUUCUUGGGAUUAAGUGCUACAAAGUUACAACAAUUAGAUCUGCUACCCAUUGCUCACUUGCAUCUAAGUUACAUCCUUCUGGAUUUAGAAGACUAUAACGUGAAAGGAAAUGAAAUAGAAAGUCUUCAAAUUCUUAAUACAAAGAAACUUCAUCUUGUUUUUCAUCCAAAUCGUUUAUUCUCUGUCCAAGUGAAUAUAUCAGUUAACACUUUAGAGUAUUUAGAACUGACUAACGUUAAAUUAAAUGAUGAGAACUGUCAUGUUUUAAUGAACUUUUUAUCAGAACUCACCAGAGGUCCAAGCUUACUAAAUCUUACCUUGAACCAUGUGGAAACAACUUGGAAAUGUUUGGUUACAAUUUUUCGAUUCCUUUGGCCCAAACCUGUAGAAUAUCUCAAUAUUUACAAUUUAACAAUAAUUGAAAACAUUAGGAAAGAAUAUUUGACUUAUUGUAACACUGCAUUGAAAGCAUUGAAAAUAGAACAUAUUACAAAUAGAGUUUUUAUUUUUUCACAGAAUGCAUUAUAUACAGUGUUUUCUGAGAUGAACAUUUUGAUGUUAACCAUAUCAGAUACACCUUUUAUACACAUGCUUUGUCCUGGGAAACCAAGCACAUUUAAGUUCUUGAACUUUACCCAGAACGUUUUCACGGACAGUGUUUUUGAAAAUUGUUCCACCUUAGAUAGAUUGGAGACACUUAUCUUACAAAAGAAUGGAUUAAAAGACCUUUUCAAAGUAGGUCUCAUGACUAAGGGUAUGCCGUCUUUGGAAAUACUGGAUGUUAGCCAGAAUUCUUUGGAAUUUAAUAGAUAUGAGAGAAAUUGCACUUGGGUUGAGAGUAUAGUAGUGUUAAAUUUGUCUUCAAAUAUACUUACUGACUCUGUUUUCAGAUGUUUACCUCCCAGGGUCACAGUACUGGAUUUACACAAUAACAGAAUAAAGAACAUUCCUAAACAAAUCACAAAACUAGAAGCUUUGCAAGAACUAAAUGUUGCUUUCAAUUAUCUAACUGACCUUCCUGGAUGUGGUGCAUUUAGCAGCCUUUCUGCGUUGACCAUUGACCAUAAUUCAAUUUCCUACCCAUCAACUGAUUUCUUCUCCAGUUGCCAGAAGAUUAGGUCAAUAAAAGCAGGGAACAAUCCAUUCCAAUGUUCAUGUGAAAUAAGAGAAUUUAUCAAAAGUAUAAGCCAAAUAUCAAGUGAAAUGGUAAAGGGCUGGCCUGAGUCUUAUAAGUGUGCCUACCCAGAAAGCUACAAGGGAACCCCAUUACAGGACUUUCACAUAUCUCAAUUAUCUUGCAACACAAUGCUGCUGAUUGUCACCAUUGGAGUCACUGUGCUGGUGUUGGUUGUUACUGUGACCUUCCUCUGCAUCUGCUUGGAUCUGCCCUGGUAUCUCAGGAUGAUAUGUCAGUGGACCCAGACCCGGUACAGGGCGAGGAACACACCCUUAGAAGAACUCCAAAGAAAUAUUCAGUUCCAUGCUUUUAUUUCAUACAGUGAACACGAUUCUGCCUGGGUGAAGAAUGAACUGGUACCUUGCUUAGAAAAAGAAGAUAUAAGGAUUUGCCUCCAUGAGAGAAACUUUGUUCCUGGCAAAAGCAUCAUUGAAAAUAUCAUCAACUGCAUUGAAAAAAGUUACAAGUCCAUUUUUGUUUUGUCUCCCAACUUUGUCCAGAGUGAGUGGUGUCAUUAUGAACUCUACUUCGCCCACCACAAACUCUUUCAUGAGGGCUCUGAUAACUUAAUCCUGAUCUUGCUGGAACCCAUUUCACAAAACAGCAUUCCUAGCAAGUAUCACAAGCUGAAGGCUCUCAUGACAAAGCGGACUUACUUGGAAUGGCCCACUGAGAAGAGCAAACGUGGACUUUUUUGGGCUAACAUUAGAGCUGCUUUUAACAUGAAAUUAGCACUAGUCAACUAAAAUAAUGAUGUGAACACUUAAAA